UCCAUAAGUUCUGUGACUCUAGAGAACCCUGACUAAUAUACUGGUUAAAUCUAAAGCACAAAGGAGCAACACUAAGAAACCAGAAACAAGGAACAGUUAGAGAAAUCCUGUGUGUCCCAAGGGGGUGACAACAAUCCACCUCCAGGACAGCUGUUACUUUUCUCUCCCAUACUGUAGCCUGGCACUGAGCUCCCUUUAUCUCAAGGUUACUCCUUUGGUUUAAGAAUAUAUAAUUGAGGAGAGAAAGAUGGCGGACAAGGAAACUCUGCCUCCCGGUUGGAAGAAGCAUACGAGUCGCAGUUCAGGCCGGGUAUACUACUUCAAUCAUAUCACCAAUGCCAGCCAGUGGGAGCGGCCCAGAGGCGGCGGCAGCACCAAGGAUAGCCAGGGUGAGCCUGCCAGGGUGCGCUGCUCACACCUGCUGGUGAAGCACAGGCAAUCUCGGAGGCCCUCAUCCUGGCGCCAGAAAAAGAUCACCAGGAGCAAGGAGAAGGCCCUGGAGCUGAUCAAUGGCUACAUCCAGAAGAUUAAAUCAGGAGAGGAAGACUUUGAAUCUCUGGCCUCACAGUUCAGUGAUUGCAGCUCUGCCAAAGUCAGGGGAGACCUGGGUGCCUUCAGCAGAGGUCAGAUGCAGAAACCGUUUGAGGACGCAUCGUUUGCUCUACAGACAGGGGAGAUGAGUGGGCCAGUGUUCACGGAUUCAGGCAUCCAUAUCAUCUUUCGCACAGAAUGAGGGCAGGCACAGGCCAGCCUGCUCGGACUGCCACACAGCCCACGGACGCCCUUCCUGCUACUGUCACACAGUAUUUAUUGUUCCUAAAAAUGACUGGGAGGGGGGCUCUGAG